CAAGGACAGCGUGAAUUUUAACCACGCAAGCGCUUCAUGGUGUGAAACAAGACACGUACAGAAGAGAUAUAUCAACAGUUGAUUGAUCGUAGACGCUAUCAGCAUGGUGCGUACGAGGGCGAAUCGUCUAGCAUUUGCGUUCCUCGUCGUGUCCACCGCCACGGCGGACGAAAUUGUCACCGACAAUUGUUGCGGCUCUCGAGACGGAAACGCGUGCUGUCCUGGGCUGCCCAUUGUAGACGAGGCCGCCAAUCUACCCCUCCCAGAGGAGAGCAAGCUGAAGGUUGUGUACGAUUCCGCAAGGUGCUGCUCGGAUGGUUUCGAGACUGCGGUCGGGUGCACCGCCUACGGCGCCGCAGGGUGUAGCUUCUGCAGAGAUGCUUGCGACACGGAUGAUGAGUCGUGCGUGCUGUGCUCAGUCGCUGACAGCUCUGGCGCCAAAGCAGCUACGGUUUCCACUUCCAAUGAGUCCGACGACGAAGAUGACUCUUUCGACGCCGACAGUGACGACGCAAACGAUUUAUGGGUCUUGUUUGGUGACGACAAGUUUGACGAGAACAUCGUGGCAAGCCAGUCUCCCGGGAGCUAUGACUUCAGCGACGACCCGGAACAAUACGACUGCUCGACCUGCUCGUGGGACGGCAUGUCCAGGCUGGAGCAGCGCAUACUCACCCAGCGUUCAAGGUCUAUGGUGUGCGAUACGACGUGCCUGAAGGAUGUUGGCGACCCAAGCUAUGGCGUGACGCUAUGCAACUACUUCAACGCAGGCAAAGAGUGUCGAGCAUGCUGCCAUGAAGGCUUUAUGGUCGACGGAUGCAUGCCAUGCGACGGAGAGGGAUCUUGCAACUCCUGCAUCACCAAAAUCAAGAAAAUGUGCGACCAAAACCCGUGUGAACCCGAAUGCCAGGCCUAUGUUUGCUGCUCAGUGCAGUGGGGCGAGUACUCCGGCUGCGAAGAAACGAUGCACCAUGAGAUGGCUGAAAUCGCUGCCAAAAUCAGCGACCGCUGCAACCUGCUCUUCACCUGCGACGCGAUAAAUCCGAUUUGCUCGAUCAACGCUCGUAGAUGCGUGGCAGAACCUACAGGCGUCAGUAAGGACGUGCAGCAAGCGGCUCACGAACGCUGCCGCGAGUUGGCCAUCACCGGUGCCGGAAUCUUCGAUACUGCCUACUCCUCAGCGGAAUCUUUCAGCAACGAGAUCCUCUUCAUGGCCGUCGAUGGCCAGCAGUUCGCCCUGCAGUCUGUCGAGAUCGAUGCGUGCACAGACUUGGACAAACUUCCGUUCAUCAUCGAGGCGAGCGCGGAUAUCAUCGUCGCUCGCUCCAGCACGGGAUAUCUAGCGUGGGACGACGGCACUGAUCCCCAUCCUCACGUUGCGAACACGGGGGUCGGCUGCCCCCGACACGUGUGGAUCCUGCAAGACACGACAGGAAACCAAAACCAUGUUUUCAUCACGGUGGAUCUAAGCGAGCACCCCCAGUUCAUCUCUUCUGACUGGGUUAAGGUUGACUCGGAGGGGAAGAUGAGUCGAGUUGACCUAAACUUGUCUUGCAUAAAGAAGAAGAAGAAGACUGUCAGGUUCUAAGCAAGCUACGAGACGGUAUAAUGGAGCCAGCUCGGUAGAACUACGGAAGAUGGAAUGACGGGGCAGAAACCUAACACUAUACGUGUUGUUGUUUUGUUGUUGUCACCGCAAAUAGGUGCGAUUUGGUGUUUGUUUUAUAUAUAUCCUUUCUAUACCCUGUGAGAUAUUUGCGGGGCAAGACGUGCCCAGAGGUGUAAAAUAGCGGGAGUGCCGAGUAAGGAUGGGUAGGAUACACCGCAGGGUCGCUUGUGUGUUGAGUGUCUGAAACUGAAUUGUUGCGUAACCCAUUGUGCCCCUGGCCGUGAUGGUCCGGUGAUGUGCUUGUCUAAGUUUUGAGUAUCAUUGAACAUUCGCGUUCCCCUUGAUGUAUUCCAUUAACCGCGAGGAGUGCUGCUGCGACGU